UUUGUUAGUAGAUACAAAACACUAUUGCCAGAGGUGUACUUAUCCAAAUCCUUAGAAGGUAAACAUUAAUAUGUUGUAUGGUGUUAGGGGAUUCACUGAUAUUUGGAACAUCUUUCGGAUUAUCGGGUUUUUCGUCGGCGGAUGGAUAUCUCUUCAAACGCUUCGGAUCCGAAAUACCUAUUCGGUAGGUAUUGGUCUGUCGAUAUCUAAAUGAUUAAAAUAUCGCUCUUUCAUAUCUUACAAUUAUUCGUUAGACGCCUACGAAAGCGAUGUUACGUGGUUCGGUAUCCGGAUCCCCGGACAUUGGAUUUCAUAGCCACCACCGCCAGAAUCACAUCGAAGGAAUGCUGUUCCGCCCGGUCAUCAUCGGUCAGGUCAUCCUAUGGCGCCUGUACUCCGAAAAAUCCCGGCCUUCGGCCACGUUUCCACGUGCCAUAUUUUACAUACCCGGGGACUUAGUAUGCAUAAUCUAAGUCACAAACCUUCUCAUUAUCCCCAUAUGAUCACAACAAUAUAAAAUACGAUCUAUCAGUCUGUUUCUAACGAUCUUCCGAGUCUAAAAUAUCAAAACGUGAGGAGUUUAGGUUAAAAUGGUCAGAAUAGCUCGUCGCUCUCACAAAAAAUCUCGCGCGGGAUGUUCUGUAUGUAAAAGUCGACAUAUCAAGUGCGAUGAAGGUCGGCCGGCUUGCGGCAACUGCAAAAUCAGCUCGAGAUACUGCUCAUUUCUAACAUCAGAUUCACAUCUCCCAACUGUGAGCGAAGACUCAACAUCGUCUCCAACUCCAGGCUUUCCCACUCGUCAGUUAGACGCAUCUCCGUCGCCCCUUCGAUAUUCUCCUCCCAGCCCUAGUCAAGAAUUACCAUGCCCAAACAUCGCGGUCGCCAACAUGGUGCAUAUGGAGCUCUUUCAUCACUUUAUGUAUAGCAACUUAUUUGACCUACCGCCCCCAUACGAUGAUUCCGAUAAAAAGAUAGCGCCAUUGAUCACCGAGGUCGCACUGUCUUAUCCUUUUCUAUUGAAUGAAGUCUUAGCCUUCUCAGCGCUUCAUCUAUCCUACGUCCAGCCUUCGAAUGCUCAGUUAUACAGACACUAUGCCAUUGGCCUCCAGACGCACGCUCUCGGCAUCUUCAACGGCGAAAUGAUAGAAGUUAAUCGAGACAAUUGCAUGGCAAUCUUACUAUUUUCAUGGCUUUUGACUUUACACUCGCUCAUCGAAACGGUGGACUCGGCUGGAUCGGCAGAUAUCCACAGUUUGCUGGACCGGUUUGUUCAUUGCAUGCAGCUGCACCUCGGAGUGCGGGCCGUUAAGACGGAAGCAUGGCAUAUGAUGCUUGAAUCUGAAAUGGGGUUCGGGUUGGAAGCAAUCACAAGUAUGAUGGAAUAUGCAAACCCGGGGUCGCAUACUGCCGACCUGAAAAGCUGCAUCCAAAACUCGAAGACGUUAAACAACGACGAGAAGUCGACUUGCAUAAGAGCCUUGGACAAUAUUCAGUGGUUCUUGAGUUCGAUUGACGGAACGGAGAAAAAUGGCUCGUCCUUGGUAACCGCGAUUUUAUCUCUGAUCUCGUGGCCGGCGAAGAUCAAUGUCGAAUUUCACCAGCUCAUAGCCGACAGAACACCGGAGGCCCUACUUGCUCUUUCCUAUUACGCCAUACCAUUACAUCUAUGUCGAGAAAGUUGGAUCGUAAGAAACGCCGGUCAACUGCUCCUUCAAAGUAUUCGAGUACACCUACCCGACGAGUGGCAUAGGUGGCUGGAUUGGCCGGAAGAGAUGAUGGAGAGGAUAUCCGCGGGCGUCUGAGGGCUUGGUGGCUUCCAGAGACGGCCACCAGGAGAAUAUUCUUCCCAUGAAGGUACCCAAGCUUCAUCUGUGGUACAUUCUCCGCGGACUCCUUGUCGGUCGAGAGAAUUACACAUAUAAUCCGCUAUUAUAGGAUCGAAAUGGAGAAGAAUAGUCCAUAUCUUAGCUUGAGACAUUAACUGGACGCUUUAUCUUAGGAGUCAUACCUCGCGAUUUUCUCCUUCACGUCGAGAUCUUAUUCGCUUCGCGAUCAGGCGUUCCGCCCACACCAGACGCACGGUUGCUUCUGGGCUGGCAUACCCCGUUAUCCCUUUUCGGGCACGAGGCAAGCUAGUAUAUCUAAUUCAUUGUUCGUCGCCAAAGGACAUCCAAUGGGUACUAUAUUGUGUAUUCUAGCUUCGUG